AUGAGUGCUGCGAGCGGCAAGAUGAUGAUCUACAAACUGGUGGUGCUGGGAGAUGGAGGAGUGGGAAAGACUGCCUUGACCAUACAACUAUGCCUCAACCACUUUGUUGAGACAUACGAUCCAACAAUUGAGGACUCAUAUCGCAAGCAGACAGUGAUUGAUGACCAGCCUUGUAUGCUGGAGGUGCUGGAUACUGCUGGCCAAGAGGAGUACACUGCUUUGAGGGAUCAAUGGAUCAGAGAAGGCGAAGGCUUUCUGUUGGUGUAUUCGAUCGCAGCACGGGCAACUUUCGAGCGUGUAGAGCGGUUCAGGAAUCAAAUCUCAAGGGUCAAGGAUCAGGAGCCUCACGCAGUGCCGAUCAUGCUGGUGGGCAACAAGUGCGAUAAGGUCACAGAAAGAGAGGUGUCACGCGAUGAGGGGCAAGCCCUCGCAAACAGGCUGGGCUGCAAAUUUGUGGAAUCAAGCGCAAAGACAUCCGUGAAUGUCGAACGGGCGUACUACACAGUCGUUCGCCACAUUCGGGAACAACGCGAGGGCAUCUCUGCGGGCUCCAAGCCCAAGCCUAAGCGUCGGUGCAAUAUUCUAUGA